CCGUGGCGUGAUGCGGGACAGAGACAGAGAGAUCGGCCUGCCCUGGGGCAAGCGGGAGAAGGAAGCACCGAAACCGAGCCCAGCCAUCAGCCCUGCUGUAUCACUCCGGCAACAGCAGCAGCCGCAGCCGCCGUCCCCGCUCACUCACGAUGUCUCCGCGCCACGCGUCGCUCCUCCUCGCCUGCCUCGUCCUCUCGGCUCGGCUCAGCGGCUCCAGAGCCGCGCCUCCAAGGCUCGUGCUGGAGCAGGGAGGCCCCCCGGGCGUGGCGGGCAGGCUGCUGGGCGCGCUCGUGAGCGGCUACCUCCGUCCCUCCUCCAGCGACGGCAGAGGGCAUCAGCAUCAGCAGCAAGAGGAUGAGGAGGGGGGGCAGUGGGAGUCGGAGCCCCUGGGAUGGGAUGGCAGCCCCGAGCGGGACCUCGCGGUGUCCAAGCGCUGCGUGGGCCUCAGCACGUGCAUCCUGGCGGACCUCACGGACAAACUACAUCGGCUCAGCGGCACGCGCACCAACGUGGGCGUCGGGACGCCUGGCCGAAAGCGACGCGCGGCCCCCUCUUCCUCCUCCCCCGCCGGGAUCCCCCGGGGAGGCUCCCAGGGCCCGGGGGAGAUCGCCUCCCCCUCCUCCUCCUUCUCCUCGUCCGCCUCCAGCCUCAAGCCGGCGUCGCUCCCACCGCGUGCGGUCUGAACCUGGGGUGGGGGGGGGCGGCGGUGGCUGCUGAAGUCGUUUGCGUUCCGUGCCUCCUUCUUCCCGUCUCUAUCUCUCUCUCUGUUGUUAAAUAUCUGCGACUUUAUUCUAUCUGCGCCCCCACCCACCCAACCAUCCACCAACACCACCCUAGCUGCCCCCACCACCCGCCACGAGUUCGUGUCCCUGAUGGGAGUGUGAGAGAUGCAGCAGGCGCGGGGGUCUUCAUCAUCAUCAUCCACGCGCGUGUCCGGGCGCGUGGAUGAGAGCAAGGAGGCAGGAGUGCUCACCGAGCCGUGACGAGCGCGUGUUUGCGCGUGUCUGUGCGUGUCUGUGUGUGUCUGUGAGGUGUGUCUGUGCGUGUCUGUGUCUCUGUUUUUGAGGGUGGGGAGCGGUAGUGUAGCGGUUAGCGCUACGCUGCACUACGAAUCCGGCGACCCGAGAUCGAUUGCCGCUCACGGCCAACACCAGUGGCGAUUAUCUGAACCGGUCCUGAGCCUCCCCUAGGUCGACUCAGCCUCAAAUGAGUACCUGGUGCGGUGUAUACAAAACAUCGCCGCUGGGGAAACAAAGGCGGUCGGGCGUGGUGCAGGCCACCCACCCCCUCGUGUACCGUGCCGGCCUUCAUAUGUGCUCGCUAACAGCACUUGCCCCAACAGUCUGUUAAGGCUACACCGCGUUACCGGGGUAUGGGCGUAACAGUGGGCCAGCAGGCGGCAGUGCGGGGUGAGGGCCUGACCCGCUGCACAAAAUGAAACCUCUAAAGAGCGGAAUUCAAGGUCAAACGUCUUCAAUGUGGUAGGGCCCUCCUGAAAUAGCGAGUCUUGAGACUCAAUGAGGUUUUUAUUUAUUUCGUUCGUCCUCAAUGGUAAAUAAAGUGUCCGGUGGUAUUGUCAUUUGGCCAACAAUUCCCCACCUCUCGUGCCACGGGGUGAGCUCCGUUCACGAACGCCAAGUCACUCCGAGACGUGCACUCCUCUCCACGUGAUCACCUGCAGCGAUUGAGGUGUUUACUUUGGCGAAGGUGUCAUGUGUAAAAUCGGCGCCCCGUUCUGAAUGUGAUGUACACCAUCUCUCGCUUGCUUGCCCUGCCCCCCUCUCUCUCUGUGUAUGCAUAUGACAUGCAAUUAUAUAUAUAUAAACCCGUAGUCCCGUGCAAGUAUGUGUGCAGCAUUGGUGCAUUACGCGCAUCGCUAUUACAUGCAUAUAGAUCAUGAUUAGUUAUGAUAAUAACAAUACUAAAUGUCAUAGACUGUGAAUAGUCGUAUCUGUGUCGGAUGAUUAUAUAAAACGGCUACGUGUGCUGAUGAUGCUGAGUCCAAUGCACAUGCCUUCCAAAUACACACGCGCACGCACGCGCACGCACGCGCGCGAACACAGAAGACGACGAUGAUGCUGCGUGUAA